AUGACGUCAUUCACGGGCUCGGUAGACGUUCGACUGGCACGUAAUGACGACUUGCAAGCCAUCAAAUUACUCUGCGGGGAGUGCUUUCCCGUCAAGUACUUCCGUUUUUCCACUAAUUCCCCUUUUGCUCCGCCUAGAUACCCCGAGCCGUGGUUCGUGGAGCUGGUGACAAACACAAACUACCUUACCAUACUGGCUACCCACCAGGACAUGGUAAUUGGAAUGAUUGUUGUGGAGUAUAGGACCCUGAAUAACUGCAAAGUCUCUGUAAGCAUCGCAUACACCUGUGUCCUCUAA